AUGAACGGCUCGAUGUCGUUUCAUCACAAUGCUCACUCACAGAGCUCCCCAAUCUCAAAGGACGGCAACAAGAAUAAUCAGAGAGAUGAGUGGGAGGACUGGACCGAUGAUGAGCCAUAUUCGGCGAUCGGGGUGGCUGACCUGUUGUUGGCUCUCGAAAAUGACGAGAACCCAGCCCCUUUGUCUCGACCAAAGCACAAAGGUGCCCCGUCACGAAAAUCAAGCUUCCUCUUGCCAGAUUCGACUUAUUCAGUCCAGAAGCCAACACGACUAAAGUCGAGGGCGAGGCAAAAGGCCCAAAACACCAAGGCUGGAAUCAAAGUCGUCACGGACAUGACCAAAUUUCGCACCAAGCAACAACAACAAAACCAAAAACUAUCUGCCGAGGCUGAGAUGAGGAAAGGGCAAUUCGCAGACCUCGCCGCACUGCAGGCUCUUGAGGGUGAUCAAAACCAAACUUCUGUCGGUAGCUGGCACUGGCUCAAGAAGAUGCAAAGCAAAACCGGCGCCCCAAAAUCUCGAAUGGAUCAACUCAGGGCCGAAUCGAGUCCUACUCAAGACUUGUCACCGAGCGACCGCCCUAUCUUAAUUGGUCUCUCUUGCCCUCCCAAUCAAGCCAACAUCAACGCAACCACGGCCAAAAAUUCGUCUGCCCUUGGUGGCACCGCUAUGAACCAUCCAUACAACUGUCCGCCGCAAGGACAGAAGUCCGUAUGGUCGCCUGAUACUCCGAGCUCUGCUGGUUCUCAGUUCCAAAACAACAGAUCCCGAGUAGCUUCUAGCAUGUACUCGCAGCCCGGCAAUGGUGUCUACCACAUGUCGAACGCACCGCCUGUGCCAGCAGUACCUCUCGGAUACAAUGACAAAUCAAGGGGCAACCUGAUUGACAUUGAUGAUGACGACAACUUCACACCAGUGACCUUGUUCGAAGAGGACGGUAGCCCAUGCCUAUCACGCAAACCAACCGCAAAAUCGAUCAAACCCAAUACCAAGUCUCCCGUCACUACUGCCAACACAAGAUCUGGAUGGUGGGACCACCUCCGAACGCCGUUCUUGGAACAGUCUAGCACCAAUCCUUUUGCAAGGUCCGAACCUAAACCUGCGACACCGACUCGUCAGCCGGAACCAGAGACAACUCGAGAUGAGUGGUGGAUUGGACAUGAUGAGAAAAGUGGCAGUCGCAAGCAGGCAGCUCCCGCUACUACAAUGAGUCCAUCCUCGUCAGUUGCCAACGACGGCAGCACGCAGUCCGCAACUGUUGCCUCGUUCCAGAGUCCAUCCUCAUCGGCUGCAAAUGAUGGCAGCACACAGAGUGUUUGGUCUCCACACAUUGCCACAGUGAUGACCAUAUACUCAGCGACCACCAACAACGACAGCGCGCAGAAUGUGUGGUCCCCGCAGGCUUCCACGCUAAUAAGCCCAUCCUCAUCCGCCGCCAACGAUGGCAGCACGCAAAGUGCCUCGACAUUAACCACUGCUUCACCCUUGGGACAAACUUCUGUAGCCCAAGCCACUAGGGCUACUGCUCGCACAGGUCAGUCUCGCGCUGAAAAGGGCAGGAUCCUGGCAGAGGAGAACAACAUGCCCACCGAGCAACCGCCACCUUACUCACCAACCGAGAACAAAGGCCCCGUCCGCUACAUGGCUGUCUUCCCGCCAGGCCAUGCACUUGCGGUGCCUCGCGUUCCCGACUCUCCUGGCCCUAUAUCUCCAGGACUGGCAAACACAAUGACAUCCCAAGGUGCCAUCAACAUGACCGAAGUGCCCCUUACUCCACCUGCAAACCGCACAACUGCCCCUCGCCCCACGGCGCCCCUCCCAGACCGUCUGCCGGGUACCUACACGACGGGUGAUCAUUUCCUCGCCAAUGUCGGCAACUCGCCCGCGGCACGCAAUGAGCGUCAGCGCCGCAGACAUGAGAAGGAAGAGGUUGUUGCGCGCAAGGCUGGUGGCUUCUGGCGUGGUCGUGGCUGCAUCCCCGCCAAUGGCUGCUUUGGACGCACGGGACGUGAGGGCCGUAAGCGACGUCGGGUCUACCUGGGUGUUUGCGGUGGCGCCAUCGGAGUGAUCGUCCUAGUUGUCGUUCUGGUUGUCGUUCUGCUGCGCAAGAGCACCGGAGCACCCGCUGAACAAUCAAUAUGGCUUAAUUUGACCAGUUUCCCACCGAUUCCAACGGGUGUAAUGACAGUGGUCGCGCCCGACAACUCCCAGGAUAUUACAACAUGUGUGCAGCCUGCUACGCUAUGGAGUUGUGCACUGCCCAAGGAGCAGCAGGAGGCCAACAAGCCAUACGCGGCUGAUCAGCCCGGGUUUGUCAUUCAGAUCCAGUUUGAUAACAGCUCGCAACAGUACUGGAACAUACCGGAUGGUCAGGUUCCCGUCAUCAAGCCACUCGGAGACAACAAAACAGCAAGGGAGGUAUCCUCAGCCAGCGGCAAGAGGUUAUCAAGUCGUGCAACAACUGUCGGCGUUCAGUCACUUCUUCGACGUGACGAGCCAAACCCCAAUUUCACCCCUGACCCACCACUGCCCAAGUUCGAGGAGAUGUGGUUCCUGGGCAACUGGACGGAUGGUAUUCGGUCUCCUCGCAAAGCCGGCGAGGCUACUCCUUUCUACAUAAGCAUACUUCCAUCCGCCAACACGACGGCCGGGCCAAACAUGCUUGGUAGGCGCCAGUCCACCAACCAGACCAACUUGACUCCAGAUCUCGCUAGCCUGGUACCCUUCCCGGACGUGAACGCAGAUGGCACCGCGAAGCCGGCGCAACUCUUUUCGCACCCACACCAGCAACAACUGCGGCUGUUCGACCGCGGCCUUGACACGGAACACUUUGGGUUUUAUACAUACUUCAACAAGACGAUAUUUUUGCGGUCCAAGGAGGUGCUCGACAACACGACCUCGCAGUUGGGCGACGUACCCGUCGAUCUCAACGGAGGGGCCUCACGCUCAGAGGCUCGCUAUAUUGCCGUCUGGGCAUACACGCGGCUACAUGUGCAGAUCUGGACGCGGCGCUCCGGCACGGCCAAGCUACUGAGCCACGAUGCGCUCAAUGUCCAAGGCCUCUCUGAAAAGGAGACACUGGAGCUGCGGAGGCCCGGGACGUUUCCCUACCCUAUCACGAUCGGCGAGGACACGCAUGGCGGCGACCCGAACAAGAAGGGCACUUACACGUUCGAGCUAGACGACAGGGGCAGACCGCAGCGGGACAAUGACAAGAUCUUCCUGCAACUGAAUCACAUGGAUACGACGACAGCGCUGAUCAACCCUAGGGGCAAAAACUUCAACCCUAGCUUUGGGGGAAUCGACGGCGGAACUGGAGGUUGCAAGUGCGCGUGGACCAACUUUGUUGGAACGGAUGGUAAUAUUUUCUAA